AUGGAUCUCGACUACACCACAAAUGAGCCCAAGAUGGAGAAGGACUACUCCGAGUCGGUCAACGCGCUGUUGCCAGAGGUUGAGCAGCUUGUGGCGACUGGCCAGCUGACAGCGGCCCUGGAGAAGCUCCACGGGCUGGAGAAGAAGACUCGCUCGGCAGCCGACCUUGCCUCAACAACGCGGCUCCUGACAACCAUCGCAAGCGUAUGCGGGUCAGCUGGCGAAUGGCGUCUUUUGGAGGACGAAGUGGCGGCGAUGGCCAAGAAGCACGGGCAGCUGAAGCAGGCCAUCACCCAGAUGGUGCAGAAGGCGAUGGAGUAUGUCGCGCAGACGCCUGAUGAGGACACCAAGGUGGAGCUGAUUGAGUCGCUGCGUACAGUGACUGAGGGCAAGAUCCACGUCGAGAUCAUGGAGAAGAACGGCAAGGUUACCGAGGCGUGCGACACGCUGCAGGAAGUACAGGUGGAGACGUUUGGAUCGAUGGAGCGGCGCGAGAAGACCGAUUUCAUUCUCGAGCAGAUGCGACUGUGCCUGGCGAAGCGUGACUAUGUGCGCACGGCGAUUAUUAGCCACAAGAUCAACCCCAACUGCGGUUCUACGAAGCUGAUGAUCCAGUACGACCUGCACGAGGAGAACUUUUUGGAGGUGUGCCGGCACUUCAACCAGGUGUACCAGACCAAGGGCAUCAAGGAUGAUGCGACAAAAGUGGCCGGCAGUGCUGCAGAGUAUGGUGCUCAGUCGGAUCUGCUGCACCGCAUCCAGACGGACCACAACCUGGAGAAGCUGGAGCUGUGCAGUCCAGAGCUGGCGCGCUGGCCAGCAGUUGAGAGCCUGUAUGGUGGCGAGUUCCGGCAGACGGAUGUGUUCAGCGCCAGCACCGAGGACGGCAAUGCGCGGUGGAAGGCGCUGCGCGACCGCGUCAUCGAGCACAACAUCCGCGUCAUCGCUGGGUACUACACGCGCAUUACACUGGCCAGGCUGACAGAGCUGCUGGAUCUGCCCAGGGCGGAUGUUGAGGCGUUCCUGUCCAAGGCCGUGGUUGACGGGUCGGUGUAUGCCCGCAUUGAUAGGCCGGCAGGGCUUGUCAGCUUCAUCAAGCCCAGGGAUGGCGAAGAGCAGCUCAACGAGUGGGCCAGCGACAUCAACAAACUGCUGGGCCUGGUCGAGAAGACCACGCAUCUGAUUGCCAAGGAGGAGAUCGUGCACAAGAUCUCUCGUGCCAUCUAG